CAGUGCUGAACCGACUCAGAGUCGCUCGGACUGCUGGUUUCACUCCUCUGAUGUGGCAUGAAGCUUGCAGGCGGCAGGACUGAUCGCCUGGGUUCUCGUAUCUGCGGCUGGAGCUGGAAUGCGUGACGGUGUGGUCGGAUAGUCUCUAUUAAAGUUUCAGAGCAGGGGGAGAAGUUCUAGAGGCGCGGAGUCCCAUCGGCUGGUAAAAUGUCGGCGUCGGGAGGAACCAAAAACACGAACACGGAAUCAUGGGGCGGAUUUGAUGACAACAUUAUCAUCCAGGGCAGUGGCUCUGCAGUAAUAGACAUGGAGAACAUGGAUGACACCUCUGGCUCCAGCUUCGAGGACAUGGGCGAGAUGCAUCAGCGUAUGAAAGAGGAGGAGGAGGUGACAGCGGAAGCAGCAGCUACAGAGGAGGAAACUGGAGAGGAUGGAGAGUUCCUUGGCAUGAAGGGCCUGAAAGGACAGCUGGGCAGACAGGUUGCUGAUGAGGUCUGGCAAGCGGGAAAGCGUCAGGCCUCAAAAGCCUUUAACCUUUAUGCUAAUAUCGACAUCCUCCGACCUUACUUUGAUGUUGAACCAAUUCAAGUGAGAAACAGAUUAAUUGAAUCCAUGAUUCCACUCAAAAUGAUUGCUUUUCCACAGAAAGUUGCUGGGGAGCUGUAUGGACCAAUGAUGUUAGUGUUCACCCUUGUGGCCAUCCUGCUGCAUGGCAUGAAGACAUCUGGGACAGUUAUUAGAGAGGGCACACUGAUGGGCACUGCUAUUGGGACCUGCUUUGGCUACUGGCUGGGAUCUUCCUCCUUCAUCUACUUCUUGGCCUACCUUUGCAAUGCUCAGAUCACCAUGCUUCAGAUGUUGUCUUUAUUAGGAUAUGGUCUCUUUGGCCACUGUGUGGUCCUGUUCAUUACCUACAACGUCCAUUUCCACUCGCUCUUCUACAUUCUGUGGCUCGUGAUUGGAGGACUUUCCACACUUCGCAUGGUGGCUGUGCUAAUCUCUCGUACAGUUGGUCAGACUCCUCGGCUCAUCAUGUGUGGCACCUUGGCUGCUCUGCACAUGCUCUUUCUCCUCUACCUGCACUUUGCUUACCACAAGAUUGUUGAAGGUAUCUUGGACACCCUAGAAGGACCCAAUGUCCCCCCUAUCCAGAGAGUGGCUAGAGAUCUGCCUAACGUGGCAUCUGCUGUUGUGAAUGCCACUGUGAGAUCCGUGGCUGCAGUAGUCCACUCGCAGUGAUCAUGUGAUCAGCACCAGCGCUUCCUACUUUGUUUAAGGAGGCUGGUCUGGGUUUGUAUGAACUGGACCAACAGGAAUGACGGGAAGUUUGCACCUCGCAUUACUUCUAGUAGUCUGGCUGUAAAUUGAACGUCAUUUGCCUGCAGUGAUGAUGGACGUACAUCACAGUGAGAUCUUGGGCAAUGUUUGAAUAAAGUGGAUCUACAAGUCGGCCAUUUUGAGAGACAAAACACAAACUAUGUUCACAAAACGAUCCCCAUCCAUGUCACUUGUGUCUUAACCGCUCUUGGUCCUUCAGGUCAUCCCGUGUUGAAAUGUUUUAAUUUCCAUAUGAUGACAAAAAUGGCUGUGUUGGUGUUGCUCACAUCAGACAUAAAUAUUAUACUGUAUGUAUAAAAUGGCAACACUCAGUUAUGUAGGUAAAGUGCCCCUGAGCUUUUCGCCAUAUUGUAAAACAAUGUUUCACCACUUAUUUGUACAUGAUUUAAAAGGUGUAGGACCUUACCUUUUGUGCCCGCCGUGUUUAAUUACAGUUACAGUCCAGAGCUUGGGACAUUUUGAAUAUGCUUCAGAAACUACAGCAAUUAUCAUUACAAAUGGCAUGGACUCACUCACCUCAUGUUAACAAACAAUUUAUUAAUAUCUCAGACAUAAUGCAAAGAUCCUGCUUACAUUUUACAUCCUUUUUUAUGCUUUUUCAGCUGAAGGUUUUUUUUCUGGAGACUUUAUUUAACCUCUGAGAUAUCAGAUGUAAUUUUUGGGUUGAGGAAAAAGUUGAAGUCUAUUAUCUACGAUUACUUAUCUUAAUUAAUAUGCGCAAUGCGCAGUGAUUUAAUUGCAUUUUCUUUUUUGCUCAAUGGUGCAUGAGAAUUUAUUAUUAUUAUUAUUUUUAGAUCAGUUUUGUUUUAACCAGCCAUAAUAUGUGCUGCACUCUGGACUUUAUUGGGAACCAUUUUUUUUUGCUUAGAACUCUAUCAGUACUUGCCCAUUAUUUUGUCUUUUACAUGUGGACUUUCUAUUUAUAGGGUUAUUGUACAGAGAAAUGAAGAAUAAAGUACUGAAAAUACAA